AUGAAAUUGUUCAGCAUUUUGGCUGCCCUCGCUGUUGGUAUUGCGGCUGUUAGUGCUGGUCAUUAUGGUGCUGGGGUCCAGGCGGGAUUACACCAAAGAGGUGCUUUGGUUGGCAACUUGGGUGACGCUAGUUUUGGUGGAGCUGGUUUAGCGGGUGCCACAGCUAUCUCUAAUUCAAAUGCCAUAGCCGAAUCGCUGGGAGGCAGUGCUACUGCUGAUGCUUCAGCAAGUGCCAUUGCUGAAUCGGCUGGUAUUUUGGGAGGAGCCGGAUUGGCGGGCGCCACAGCGAUCUCUAAUUCAAAUGCUAUUGCCCAAUCGCUUGGAGGCAGUGAAGCGGCUGGAAUUUAUGGAGAUGGUAAUAUUGGUGCAGGUCUUGGAGGAAAUAUUGGUGCAGGACUUGGAGGUAGUAUUGGUGGUGGUGUCGACGGCCAAAUCGGAGGUCAGGGCAGCUAUGGACGUUAA